GGUCGGUACUUGGGAAAGGUACCGAAGUCUGUUGACUCCACAGAGACUAAUUUGAGAAUCAGAAUGGCAGUCCCGUUAUUGUUCACCAUUUUGAUGCCAUUUGAUUUGAAUGAUUGAAUCAUUUGAUAAAGAACGGGAAAGAGCAUUACCCUUCCCCUCCCUCCCCACAACACGCUCCUCAGCGUGCGAGAUUGUGUGAUGGUUUGCUUGACAGCGUAGCUUCACAUCUUCUGUGUGAAGCCAUUGGGGAAAUUGCUGCCAUGGAGGAUGCCAGGAGCAAGUAUCCCUCGCUUCCUUCCAACUAUGUCUCCAUCCUUCAACUGCAGCAACGCUGGAUGAAAGAACAACAGCGAAUACAGGAAGAGGAAGAGAAACGGCGAAAGCAAGACCGGGAAUCCCACAGCCCUACGGAAGACAAUGACCCUACUCAAAAUGAUACUCGCCCUAAAUUUAAAGGUCGGCGUAAGUUCCGCCCAAAUGGGGACAAACAUCGCCGGACGAGCGACGAGUGCUCUCAGAAGCCGAAAUGGUCGGAGGUCGACGGGGAUCGCCAGAGGGACGGGCUGAGGCAUCAGAAGCCGAGGGCGGCGAAGGUCAAGGCAGAUCGCUGGACCGACCAGGUGGAGUCUCAGAAUCCGGAGCAGGCGGAGGUCGGUUGUCAGAAGCCGGAAUCGUUGAAAGUCAAGAAAGAUGGCCGGACGGUCGAGGAUUAUUGUCAGAAGUCGGAGAUGGAGGCCAUGAUUGUUGUUGGAGAGGAGAUUAAGGAUGAUGAGCAAACGACUGCUGGACUGAAGAAGAAGAAGACGAAGAAGAAGAAUAGAAAGACAAAGCCUAGGGCAGAGGAGGGGCUGGCAGGAGGUACUGUACAGCCAGUGUCAAAAAAUGGAAAUGAGGACAAAUUUCCGGGUAGGGUGAAUCAGAUGGACGGGAUUCAACGGAGAAUGGAGAAGCUCUCAGUGGAUCCUGGGAAAGUGGGAGGCAGCCAUAGAUCAACAUCCCUUCACAUGAAUGAUGGUUAUCGGCGGAAGCCGAGUGUUUCUGGAAGGUCGCGCAGCCACAAGGCAACUGGCGCUGGCCUUGUCUGGGUCAGAAAAGGAGAAACUUCCGAUGGUAAUGUUGCCAGAACCUCCUGCUCAGGUGGUUCUGGUAGCCAGAGAUGAAUUUCCUCCUCCAACCCUUUAAUAUGUGGUUAGCCCUAUGGAUUUUAUGCUAUUGUGAAAUACUCCGAAUUUAGUUUACUGAUUCCUUUUUCUGUGCUCUUGCAAUGGCUUUCUUGUGCAGUUUGCUUUAUGAAUAUCGUGUUAUUGAGAAACAUUCUGAAUUUUCUUUUGUGUUCUGGUUUCUAGUUUUGAUUAAUGUAAAGGCUUACUGAUUGUUUAAGCUUC